AUGUCUUUUAUUACUACCACACCGUGCUCGAGUUCGGAUGCCGACCCAAGUUCUCCGGCUACUGAAUAUAGUACCCCUGAUCGAUUACAAGAUGUAGCCGUCGUUGGAAUGGCCUGCCGCGUUCCCGGCGGUAUACAGAAUCCAGAACAGCUAUGGCAGGCACUGUUAGACCAGGUGGUUGCCAGCGGGGAGAUCCCUGCCUCACGUUGGGCACCAUAUCAUAAAAGAGACACUCGCAACCCGAAGGUGCUAAGUCAAACGACAAGCUGCGGGUACUUUGUUGAAAAUAUAGAGGACUUUGAUUAUCAAUUCUUCGGGGUCUCACCUAAGGAAGCUGAGCAGAUGGAUCCGCAGCAGCGAAUCUCUCUCGAGGUUGCCUGGGAAGCGUUAGAAGAUGCUGGUAUCCCGACAAAGUCUCUCAGUGGUAGUGACACGGCUGUUUUCUGGGGCGUGAACUCGAAUGAUUAUUCAAGGGUGGUUCUAGAGGAUCUGCCCAAUAUUGAUGCCUGGAUGGGGAUUGGGACAGCAUACUGUGGAGUCCCAAACCGCAUCUCUUACCAUCUAAAUUUGAUGGGACCCAGUGUAGCCGUUGAUGCGGCAUGUGCCUCUUCUCUCGUCGCCGUACACCAUGGAGUAAAGGCCAUUGCUGGGGGAGAAUCAAAAGUCGCAAUUGUUGGUGGUGUUAAUGCGCUCUGUGGUCCCGGACUUACCAUAGUCCUAGACAAGGCUGGGGCCAUUUCUUCCGACGGCCAGUGUCGUUCUUUCGAUGAAAACGCCAAUGGGUAUGGCCGCGCAGAAGGGGCAGGCGCCGUCAUUCUCAAAAACCUCUCUCAGGCGCUCUGCGAGGGAGACCACAUCCUCGCGGUCAUCAAGGGUACCGCGGUGGGCCACAACGGUAAAACAAACGGGAUCAUGGCUCCAGAUUCUGAAGCGCAACAGCUCACAGCAAGGGACGCAUUGAAGGUGGCUGAAGUUAAUCCGCAUACAGUUCGUUAUGUAGAAGCUCACGCUACAUCUACGGCGUUGGGAGACCCAACAGAGAUUUCCGCUCUUGCAAAAGUCUAUGGGAACGGGAGGCCAAUCGACGACCCAUGUUAUAUCGGCUCAAUAAAACCAAAUAUUGGGCACCUGGAGGCCGGUGCUGGGGUCAUGGGCCUCAUUAAGACAAUCUUGAUGAUUCAAAAGGGUGUCUUGGCCCCUCAAGCCAAUCUGCAAAAGCUCAAUACCAAGAUAAAGUGGGAUGAAUCUGGCCUUAGAGUUGUUCAGGAGCCAAUAAAUUGGCCUAAUGCCGAGGGACCUCGUCGUGCAGCCGUGUGCUCCUACGGUUACGGCGGGACUGUAUCUCAUGCUAUCGUUGAAGAGCCUCCACAGCUACCAUUAGUUUUCCCUGAAGAGAUUACCGGCAAGAGCGUAACUGGAGAUCAGAUCUUGCUACUUUCUGCCCCUCAGGAGCAGCGCUUGGCAAUUCUGGCAGCAUCAUUGAAGACUUGGGUCGGCGAACGGAAUAUGUCUCAGCUUGAUUUAGCCAUGCUAUGCAGGACCAUGGCGGUACGACGUAGCCAUCACGAAUUCCGAACUUCAGCGAUUAUUGAAAAUCUUGAGGGAGCCAUAAAUGCCCUAGAUUGCCUAUCCAAGCAGUCGAAGGAUCCCUGGAUUGUCCAUGGCCGUGUUCUUCCCUUUGAUCUAAGGAAAGACGUAGUCUGGGUGUUCUCCGGUCACGGAGCGCAAUGGACAAACAUGGGGAAAGAAUUGAUAAACAACAGUGUUUUCUACGAUACAAUUCAGCCUCUCGACAGUAUCGUCCGUAAAGAGACCGGCUUAUCGCCCAUCGAAUGGCUCCAAAAGGGUGACUUCAAUUCUUCAGAUCGCGUCCAGAUAUUGACGUACAUUGUGCAAAUCGGAAUUAGCGCUUUCUUUAAAAGACGUGGACUUCACCCCCAGGCAGUCAUUGGCCAUUCGGUAGGAGAGAUUGCUGCUUCCGUUGUAGCUGGCGCUCUCUCGGCGGAAGAGGGCACGUUAAUUGUGACCCGCCGAGCAACUUUGUACACGGAAGUUAUGGGUCAAGGAGCGAUGGCCUUGAUCAGUCGAGCCUACGAGGAGGUUCGUCAAGACCUCAAAGCAAAUGAUAAUGUGGUAGCAGCUAUCGACUCGUCCCCAUCCUCCUGCGUCAUUGCAGGGACGAAGGAGGCUGUCGCCAUCGUUGUUCAGGGGUAUCAGGAACGAGGAAUUAAAACAUACGUUGUGAAGACAGACAUUGCAUUUCACAGCCCCAUGUUGGAUCGAUUGAGAGAGCCUCUCUUGGCUGCACUUCAGGGCGCAUUACACCCAGUGCACCCACAAGUCAAACUGUACUCAACCUCGCUAUUGAACCCACGCGGCAGGGCGCUUCGAGAUUCCAAUUACUGGAUCAACAACAUGACCAGUCCAGUGAGACUUACCUCUGCAGUUCAUGCUGCCAUCGACGAUGGCUACAGGAGAUUCUUGGAAAUAUCGACUCAUCCCCUAGUCUCCCAUUCGAUUAACGAGACUCUGAUGGACGCUGGCAUUGACGAUUAUGCGAUUAUUCACUCUCUUAGGCGGGAUGAGCCUGGCGAAAAGAACCUUCUUCGCGCCAUUGGCCAACUUCACUGUAGUGGAGUAGAUAUCAACUGGCAGGCUCAAAUGUCUGGUGCCUGGAUGCAAGGGGUACCUCUAAAUCCGUGGGUUCAUCGUCCUAUCUCGCAAAACCCUAAAACCACAACUACCAUAACCAGCCUACAUGAUAUUGAGACACAUACGCUCUUGGGCCGUCGCACCGCCAUAGCUGGUACCGACAUGGUGGUGUACUCAACUACUUUGGACAACGACACUAAGCCAUUUCCUGGGAGCCAUCCAGUUUUUGGGACGGAAAUCGUUCCUGCUGCAUGUUUGAUCAAUACCUUUCUAAAAGCCACUGGUACCUGCACGCUUCAGAACACUAUCCUGCGAGUCCCUGUAGCAACCAGUGGCCCAAGAAUGGUCCAGGUGGUAGUGCAUAGCGGCCAGGUGAAGCUCAUGUCUCGACUAAUACAGAGCGAGCAAGUAGACGAGAGCUCUUGGGUCACCCACACUGAAGCAUAUUUGGUCCCCCAGUCAGGAACCAUCGAGGAGAGGAUCGAUGUACCCGUCGUGAAGGAUCGUAUAGUGACCCGAUUGCAAGAUAAUUUCACUAUUGAUUACCUGGCUAAGGUCGGCGUUGCGGCCAUGGGAUUCCCCUGGACGGUAACUGAGCAUUAUGGGAACACUAGCGAAAUGCUAGCACGAGUCGACAUCUCCCCUAGCUCCAAGAACCUUGACUGGAACCAGUCUUCGUGGGCACCUUUCUUAGACGCGGCUACUUCGAUUGGAUCUACUCUCUUUUUCUCCGAACCUCGACUGCGCAUGCCAGCACAGAUUAACCAGGUAGAUAUCUUUACUACUAAGGAUCCACCUAAGGUGGGAUGGGUCUAUGUCCAGAGGGACCCCGGUGCAGACUACUCCUGCCAUGUCCAUAUAUUGAGCGAUACUGCUCAACCGAUGGCCAAAUUUACCUCUAUGCGUUUCUCGGAGAUUGAGGGUACACCUGGUGCAAGUGGAAGCAUGUCGAGCUUGGUACAUAGAGUCGCCUGGCCGCCAGCUAUCCACGCUGAAGAACCCAUUUUCAUUGAAAAAGUCAUUUUAAUUGCGCACAACAUUGCCCUUGGGGAUCUGUACGCAAAGUCCCUACCCGCUAGUAUCAAGUCAGAACAAUAUACCACACUAGAAAACCUAACCGACCAGUUUUCUUACCCUCAGUGUCACGAAAAGACGGUGAUAGUCUACAUUCCUGAUGAGGUGCAGUCGCUAGAGGAGGUACCUGCGGCUGCCGAGAAUUUUACGUGGCAGCUCCUUGAGAUUACUAAAUAUGUCGUUGAGAACUCUUUACCAACCAAAAUAUUUAUCCUCACCACCAAUGUUAUGCAGGGCGAAACACCGUCCGCACUCGCCCACUCAGCCCUGCUGGGACUCAGCAGGGUCAUUGCUAGUGAGCAUCCGGACAAAUUUGGAGGCCUAAUUGACGGCGAGCAACACGUUGUACCUCUAACGGUAAUGAAGUACGUACAAGAGGCUGAUGUCAUUCGCAUCUAUGAUGGAGUACCCCGAACGGCGAGGCUCCGUGCUAUUCCUCAAAACUGCCGAGCUUCACAGCCAUCUAAAUCCCUUCCGCGCCCCGAGGGCACAUACCUGGUUGCUGGAGGUCUCGGUGUGUUAGGACUUGCUGUUGCUGAAUUCCUAGUCAGCCAAGGCGCUCGACGAUUGGUGCUUAUUUCUCGACGGGGCCUCCCGCCGCGCAGGGCCUGGGGCAUGGUCUGCAAGGAGCUGCAGCCAGCAGUAGCAACUAUACAGGAACUUGAGCGACGAGGCGUUUCUGUCCAUGUGCUAGCUUUAGAUAUCUCUGCUGCCAGUGCAACACACCGUUUACUAGAGGAAUUGGACCGAUUAAGUCUUCCUCCGGUUUUGGGUGUUGUCCACGCAGCGGGCGUGCUAGAGAACCAGCUAAUCCAAGAAACGACACGAGAUGCCUUCGCCCGCGUUCUUUCACCUAAGAUUGCCGGGUCAUUGACUCUUCACGAGGCUUUCCCGCCUAAUACACUGGACUUCUUUGUCUUUUUUUCCUCGUGCGGUCAGUUGUUCGGAUUCCCUGGUCAAGGCGCAUAUGGCAGUGCCAAUACCUUCCUCGACACGCUGGCGACCCAUCGCCGUAAUCUAGGUGAAAACGCGGUUGCGUUUCAGUGGACUGCAUGGCGGGGCAUGGGCAUGGGCAGUGAUAGUGAUUUUGUUGCCGCUGAACUGGAGAGUAAGGGCAUCACUGAUGUCACUCGUCAUGACGCCUUCCAAGCCUGGUUGUAUUUGGCACAGUACAACAUUGAUCACGGCGUGGUGUUGCGUAGCCGCACCUUUGAUGAAGGAGAGCCACUUCCCACCCCCAUUUUGAACGACAUCGCCAUUCGUCGUGCCCGAGGACAUGCUAGCCCGCAUAACAGCACAGAGAGUGACUCUCCUGCUCCAGGUUCUGGCCGCAACGGGGUUCCGUCCUCGGGGCCAGAGCUAAAAAUGUACCUCGACGAGCAGAUCCGAGGAUGUGUUUCCGAUGUCCUCCAUCUCCCCGCUGCGGAUGUGGAUUCCAAGGUAGCAUUGUCGGAUCUCGGGUUAGAUUCAGUAAUGAAUACUGCCUUGCGCCGACAGCUCCAGCGCACGCUUAAGGUAAAUGUUCCGCCCACCUUGGUCUGGAGCUAUCCAACAGUCAAACACCUGGUUGGAUGGUUUUCAGAGAAGUUAUCCCGGUAG